UGCGGAUCAGAAUCAGGACCCUACGGUUAGUCCGUGAGGUCUUUAGCUCUGUAUCUUUGCAGGUGUAAGAGGGGAGCCUGGCCUUAUGGGGAUGCCAGGUAAAGAUGGGCCUGCGGGAGAUCCUGGUCACCCUGGGCUGAAAGGUGAAGUGGGCCGUCGAGGUCUCCCUGGCCGACAAGGGGCUCCCGGUAUAACCCCACAGCCAGAAGAACUCACAGCCCCUGCAGGCUUACCAGGUCUGCCAGGAGUUGAUGGUGUCCCGGGCUUUGAUGGAGAUCCUGGAUUGCAGGGUGCAGCUGGAAAUCCAGGUCCAAAAGGUCUGCCAGGAAGAUCUGGUUUGAAAGGACGUGAUGGCUUUGCUGGAUCACCUGGCAUAGUUGGGGAUCCAGGACCGUCAGGUGCCCCAGGACCACAAGGAUUUGAAGGUGUUGCUGGAAAGCCAGGCUCACAUGGUUUGCCAGGAAUGCCUGGUCGCAGCGUGGGCGUUGGAUACACUUUAGUGAAGCAUAGCCAGUCAGAGCAAAUCCCGCCCUGUCCCAUAGGAAUGAAUAAGCUCUGGGAUGGCUACAGCUUAUUGUACGUGGAGGGGCAGGAAAAGUCACACAACCAGGAUCUUGGUUUUGCUGGCUCGUGUUUGCCUCGCUUCAGCACCAUGCCUUUUAUUUACUGCAACAUCAACGAAGUGUGCUACUACGCCAGCCGAAAUGACAAGUCCUCUUGGCUCUCCACCACUGCUCCUAUCCCCAUGAUGCCAGUGGACAGCACUCAGAUCCCGCAGUACAUCAGUCGUUGCUCAGUAUGUGAAGCACCUUCCCAGGCUGUGGCUGUGCACAGCCAGGACAUCACCAUCCCCCAGUGUCCCCUUGGCUGGCGUAGCCUAUGGAUAGGAUACUCUUUCCUUAUGAGUGCAGAAUGCAAUUCCUAACGGCGCAGGCGACGAGCAGUCUGCUGAAGUUCCCAGAGGGGACUGUUGAGGCGCUCGGGGAAGAUGAUCCAACCCGAGGUUCUGUGCUGUGGGGGAAGAUUUCUGGAGGUGAGCAUUUCCCUUUCACUCUGGUCUUGGUACAAAGUAAUCCUUGCCUGGGGGUUUCCUGAAGCACAAGGUCCCAGUCUCAGGUGUGUCAGGUGGGUGCUGCUGAGAUGCCUCAGGUUGAGAGAGAGGGAAAAGGAUGUUUUAGCGAUUCAAAGUGCUCAUGUGAAAAGGUUAGUCAAGUGAAACUUUGAAAUUACAACAACUUGCACCAGUCCUGUGCGAUUAAAAGAAUCUACUUAACCCCCCUGUGUCAGUGAGCCCUCCUCGCUUUUUAAUGAAAUCAAAGGCAGCUUUCAAGCAAGGAGUGGUCUUGUUUAGGGCUGUGUUUAUUGGUACCAGCUCAAGCUCUCUGACCAUCCUAAGAGCACAUGCAGAAAGAGUUCUUGUCCAGCGUUACCGAGGCAGUAGGCCCUGCUUUUUCUGGUUCGUCUCAAUAAAGAGAGAAGGAAGAGGAUAACACUGUGAGGCACUGCAGCCCUAUUUCCAGAGUAUUGAAAAGGAUGCCACAG